AUGGCCAGCCACCGGCCGCCGGACCUCUACCCCCGGCCCAGCAGCGGCGGGGGCGGGCGCGGGGUCCCAGUGCCGAUGCGGGUUGACCCUCCGCUGCGGCUGAGCGGCCCGACCAGCCCUGGCAAGCUGGUGGUCCGCCCGGGGGUCCUGCCAGGGCUCCCCGGGGCCCCUGAGAUGUGGGCGGUGCCCCUGGCCCCGCCGCUGUACGAGUUCCAGGGACAGGCGGGGCCCUGCGGCGCCCUGGUCAGGGUCGGCGAGGUGGGGGCCGGCUUCCCGGGCCCGUCGGACGGCGCCUUGCCCGGCCCCUGCGUCGUGGUGCGGUGCCUCCCCAGGCGGGCGCUGCCCGAGGACGGGGGCGGCAUCGGCAGCGUCGAGAAGGAGCUGGGGCAGCUGGCCCGGGAGCUGAAACUCAAGCGGCUGACCCUGGGCUACUCGCAGGCCGACGUGGGCUUCGCCGUGGGCGCGCUCUUCGGCAAGGUGCUCAGCCAGACCACCAUCUGCCGCUUCGAGGCCCAGCAGCUCAGCCUGGCCAACAUGUGCAAGCUGCGCCCGCUGCUGAAGAUGUGGCUGGAGGAGGUGGCCAGCGAGAACCUGCCGGGCCUCUGCAGGAUGGAGAUGAUCCUGCGGCAGGCCCGGAAGCAGCGGCGGGCCAGCAGGGAGAGGCGCCUGGGGAACAACCUGGAGAAGCUCUUCCUGCAGUGCCCGCGGCCCACCCCGCAGCAGAUCAGCAGCAUCGCCGGGCAGCUGCGCCUGCAGAAGGACCUGGUCCGCGUCUGGUUCUCCAAGCGGAGCCGCAUGGGCAGUUGGCCGGCCGAGGCCUUCCUCCCGCCCGAGGAGGUGGGGGCGGCCCCGCUCCCUUUCCCGGGGGGUCCCGUCUGCUUUCCCCUGGCCCCGGGGCUCCAUCUGCCCUCCUGCCCCUACGGGGGCGCCUUUUUCACACCCUUGUACCCCUCCGUCCCGUUCCCGGUCGGGGGAAACCCCGCCGCCCCUGUCCCCUCCCUGGGCCUCCCCAGACUUUCAAAUUGA